AUGUUCAUGCACCCUGCUGCACGUAAGGGCUUGAUCACUGAACCAACUUCCAUCCCCUAUCUCAACUACCAAGAUCCCGUUUGCAUACAAGACGACCAGAUUCUCGACUACUCUCAAGAAGCCGCUCUCCACUUUCUCGGCCAACAACAACCUCGAUUGCAGACUCCUUUCCAGUACCAACCGGAUUUGCAGUUCGUCUCUCCGCCGUCUUCCGCUCCUUCCUCUCCUACUUCCUCACCCGCCUCCACCAUCUCCCACUAUCCUGCGACAACAGCGGUUGCCGCGGAUUACUCCUCUGCCGUCUUCGACGGCAAUUCCUUCGAGGCUCCUUCGAUGACACCCUCCUCCUCCUACAACCCUUCCAUCAACAUCCAUCACUCAGCAUCACCACCCUCACAAGCCUACCUUCCCCAAUAUACUCAACCUUACUACUUCAACGGCAACCCGAUGUUGGCACAACAGUCUGUCGCGAACAACCACGGUUGGGAAGGCAACUUGCAGCUGCUGGGCCCAGCUCGCCUCCAGAACAAUCUACUGAAAGCCUCUGCUAGUCCAUCCUCGAGCCGCUCUGCACCCGCUGGCAGUUCUUACUCAAGGACAAACGGUGCGGCCAAGCCUCUGCCUACCCCUGUGCAGACCCCCGUGCAGUCCUUUCAAGAUGGUAGCCAGACCGACGCCGAUCUUGCCAUGAGACGGGCGAUUCUGGAGCAGCAACAGCAACAACAACAGCAGAAGCAGUCUCGUCACCAGCAUCAGACCAGCGACUACUCGCUAGCGCCUUCUGUAUCGAGCGUGAGUCACAACUCGCCAGUGACUCCUCAUACGGGCUUCGAAGACCUCGAUGACGCAUCGAAGGCGAUUGUAAAUGACUACAACAACCACAACGCGAACAACAACAUGACCAUUGGCAUUCCCAAGCUCAACCGCACGAUUUCCGACAUUUACCAGGACGAGCUUUACAACCCCGCCAUGAUGUCUACUCCACAGAUGGCUAAGCCCGCGACAAACCAGCAGAAUCUCCUGGCACCAUCGUUCCGGAAUGUGAUCGCCGAUCGCCUUCAGGCUGCCAACCAGGGCCACUUGACCGCACGGUCCCAGUCUCCCAUGGUGAACAUGCCGCGCGAUCGCUCUCCCUUCCGCCAGAACUCUCCUCUGGCCGCUGAGUACAACCAUGCGGCUUUGCAACAACCUCAGAUGGCCACCAGCGCCCCUACAUCCCAGAAUGGGGUGAACAUGGGCCAGGCGGCCCAGGGAGGAGAGCCCAAGACGAUGUCCCCCAAAGAUGCACUGCUGGACUUCAAUGAGGGUGACGAUACUGGCUUGCCUCUCUUCCCCCCUUCGUCACAGCCCGACUUCAAUUUGGGCGAUGCACUGGGCGGACUACGCCGCGAGAGUUCCGGCUCAUUCCAGCCGACUCAGAACUUUACAUCGAUGGAGUCAUUCCCCAGUCAAUACGCUACGCAGGGUGCCACUCAGCAGUUCGCCUUCGGCCAACAGCAGAACCACCGUCAGGCACAGCAACAGAACAACAAUCUGCUGCAUCAGACACCCGAAUUCCCCGCGUCUCUCCCUCGGUUCGACUCUACUGGUAGUGAUGUGCUGCCUUCGACUGAGAUGACCUCCCCACAGGCAUCGCAGAAGAUGCCAAUGCAGGCACCACCGGUCAAGGAAGAGAUCAGUCGACCGGAGAACACCUCGGCCGAUGGAGGCACCUACACCUGCACAUACCACGGCUGCACACUACGCUUUGAGACCCCGGCCAAGCUGCAGAAGCACAAGCGCGAGGCGCACCGUCAGACCACCCCUGGCGGUCACCUGGUUACUCGCGAUACGUCGGCCCGCAAUUCGCAGGCCGGACCACACAAGUGUGAGCGCAUCAAUCCGUCUACGGGCAAGCCGUGCAACUCUGUGUUCUCCCGGCCUUACGAUCUUACACGGCACGAGGACACCAUCCAUAAUGCUCGCAAGCAAAAGGUGCGGUGUCAUCUGUGCACGGAGGAGAAGACCUUCUCGCGCAAUGAUGCGCUCACCCGGCACAUGCGCGUGGUGCAUCCAGAGGUUGACUGGCCCGGAAAGCAACGGCGCAGAGGGCGGGAGUGA